CUCCCUAUUUCUCGUUCCCUUUGCUUCAGGCCAACGUGAGUCUGGAGGGGGGCGUCAGAGCCACCUUGCUACAGCACGUCCUCACUGCAGCCCAGCCAAUAUUCCAGCGGGCAGAUGAUGCUGAAUUCCUACGGUGGAUGGGGCCUCGCCUCGCAGGCCUGAUCUCGGGACUGAACAGCACCCACAUCCCUCUCGUGUUUGAUGGCCUGGAAUCUAGAAACUGCUCUGUCAUCAAUGCCGUAGUAACCGUGCUUAAUGAGGCCAUCCCCGACUUUAGCAACACCACGCGACAGAGCAUUUACCGCCGGAUACUGCGUGUGACAGCAGGCUCCUCCCUGCGGUGCUACGUCACGAAUGCCAGCUUUGCCGUCUAUUUAAGCGAGACAUUGCAGGGCUUUGCUGCUUUUCUGAAUCUGAGAGAUCUCGCCUCGAUCAUUCCGGCAUCCAGACUCCAAAAGAUUGUGAAUACAGUGGCCCCAGCUGCACUGGCUGAUUUGUUAUCCAGCUCUGACUUUCUCAAUGACGACAACUUCCUGACCAUUCUUCUGAAGAACUAUAACAAGAAAGGGGCCUUCCUUGAGUCAUUUAACAUGAAGAGCAUUGUGAACAUCCUCCCCAGUGGCACCAGGGUGGCCAUUCUGACUGGCGUGUGGCCUGUGGUGUUGAGGAGCGACAAUGAGACCGUGGUGAGCACGUGGCUCGGGCCACGUCUGUCGCCAUACUUCAGUUUAAUCCAAGGCAGCCUACUGAACUUCAGCGGUACUCUGAACGCCAGCUGCACAGCCUUCCGCCAGAUUGUGGGCAAACUGAGCAGUAACAUUACAGCUUUCAAUGUCAGCCAGCAAGACAUCUACGAUUUCACCAAAGCCUAUCUCACAGCUACGAGUGCCAGGCCCAGAUGUUACAACGCCAGCGACCCGCGUGCCGCAAACUGGCUCGCUGCUUACCUGGGGCGUUCCCUCCGCCACAGCAGUGCCGCCGAUGUGAGAUCCUUCCUCAACCACAACGUGACCCUUCUCCAGGAUCUAGCCAUACACCCCGACAAUCUGAGACUCAUCAACGACACACGCAUCCAGAAGGACCUCGCGGAGCUCUAUGCCACAGCGCUGUUUGCCAAGAAUUCAAACUUCAGUCUUGUCAACCUUCCCGACCAGCUCCUCUGCUUCGCCAGACAUUCGACUGCCAUACGACUGCUCAGCGCCAAUGUUUCACUGAGCAUCAUUGCUCGGAUAAACCUCCACUGUGGUCCUUCAAACACAUCUGAACUCCAAGACUCCUCUGCCACUGACCGCCAGCUUGCUACGAUGCUGGUGGCCCAGGUCACUACCUUUGACGCGAGGACCCUGGCUGCUUUGGGGCAGCACGCCGUGGGGCUGACCUCCGGGCACAUUUUAGAACUGAGACCACAGAUUAUCGCAGAUCCGCUGGCCUUGCAGUCGCUCGGACGCGUUGACGGCUGGGAUAGGGGACAAUCGCAAGGGCUGAUGAGCAAGUUAAUCCGCAGUAAUUUCAUGUUUGAUACAGAAGAGGCAUUUCAGAGACUCGGAACACUGGUGCCAGGACUCUCCAGUGACGUCUUCAGGAACAUCACGGCAGCUACUGCCCUGAAAUUGGCUAAGAAUCCCAUCUUCCAAAGAGCCAUCAGGAAGGCUCCUGGCUAUUUAAAGAGAGCUUUUGUGGACAAGAUCGUCUCCAGUUCCUCGUCACUGAAUGCCAUUUUAAAUAACGUGCCAGACGAUUUGGUCGACCAGGUUCCAAUCCCGUUGCUGGCGUUUCAAGACAAGCUCCUAGAUCUUCGCAAAAUCAGCGAGAAACAAUGGUCACCACAGCAGGCAGCUGUGUUUUUUGUGGAGGUAUUGAAUGCUACCAAUAAUUACGCUGACCUUUCAGCCUCCGUGCUGCAGGGUUUCCAGUGCAGUGCAGCCAGCCGACUGGAGCCUGACAAGCUCUCGGCACUGGUGGAGCAAGCGAAAACCCAGGAGGCAGUGCUGAGCGCUCAGCAGUUGUCCUGCCUGGCUAAAAUCCUAGCUGCAAACAACCUGACAGCAAACGUCACCAGCUACCCACCGGACAUGCUCCUUUUCUUUGAUUUCACCCAAGUGCGUAAUCACACCUGCAAAGAGUUUUACAGUCUGGCUUCCCAAGGGAAUCUCAACCUGCUGCCAAAUGGAUCAGCCCAAAGGACGGCACUCCUGAAUAAGGCCCUAUUGUGCUUGGGAGGAGUGAAUAACACGCUCAGCCAGGAGCAGCUCAGCAGCCUUGGCGCCUUGGUGUGUGACAUGGAGCCAGCUGCCAUCACAGACUCCGACCCGCAGAUCCUGGAGAACCUGAAGCUCUGUCCAGAUCUAGCCGGAGCCCAGCGAGCGGCGCUGAACGCUCGCCUCAGCCGCGGGGACAGCCACUACGGGGCUCCUGCCUCCUGGGAAGCUGGGCCGCUCCCUGUGUAUCUGAACCGGACGACGUGGCGCUCAGUCGACGAGGGGGUGAGGAAGGCCUUUUUCAGAAGUGUGGUGGCUGGAUACCGAAGCCAAAGUGCCACUCAGAAGGAAAAAACCAGGCUCCUCUUAGAAUCCAUUGGAGCCGCGUCACCGUCAUCUCCCAGAUUGAAGCGUGCCGUUGAGCAGUGCAAGUCUGACCCGAUCACCGCCAGUGCUAUCCAAGACCCGCUCUUCAUCGCGCAUUAUGACACAAAGGGGCAGUUUGAGGCCUGCUUGAGUAACGAGGUUUUGAAAGCCAACCUGGUCCCGUUGCUGGCGCACCCUCUCCCAGAGGAAUACCUGGAUGUCAUGAAGGGAAAACUCAGCGAGAUUUACCCGGCUGGCAUCCCAGAGGACCAGUUACAGCUGCUCGGGCAGUUAUCCCGCCGCUACGAGGAGUGCCUUCCAGCGACACGCUGUCCGCCUUGCUGGAUCCGUCAGGCGGACGCUGGCAGGCCGCCGAGGCCAAGCAACUGAUCACUAGAUACAUGGACCUGGGGGGCACCUUAACGGGACCUUUACUUCAGAAGAUCGGCGGGAGAGAUCUCUGCGGUCUGGAGGAUGACCAGAUUAAUAAAAUAAGCCCAGAGGCAAUUGGGACUGCUGGGAAGGUCGACAUUUCUUCUUGUUCACAAAGCAAGAAAGAUCGGCUGUAUGCAAAAGCCCGCGAUGCGUUUGCUAGCCAAAGGGGAACUAGUGCUUACUACCCUUUAAUUCGUCCGUAUUUAGGUGGAGCUCCACGAAAGGACCUGGAAGACUUAGCGGGAUCAACUAUUGCCAUGGAUAUCGACACAUUUACGGCCUUAAAACCCAGCGAACUGCAG